GAUUAUUCCAUCAACUGUGAACCAAAUUGAAUUUUGCAGGGCGAUGAUCAUUAAAGAGUUUCGCAUAAUACUGCCUUUAACGGUAGAUGAAUACCAUGUUGGACAACUGUGGGCUGUUGCAGAGGCAUCCAAAAAUGAAACUGGAGGCGGAGAGGGAAUAGAGGUUCUGGUAAAUGAACCAUUUAAUCCUCAAGUCAAUCCUCCUGAGUCACCUUUAAAAGCCAACGGUGAAGAAUUCUCCUCUGGCCAGUACACUCAUAAACGCUUUUAUCUGGCCAGAAAAGUACCUGGUUAUGUACGUUUGCUUGCUCCGAAAGGGUCACUUGAAAUUGACGAAAAGGCCUGGAAUGCUUACCCUUACUGUCGUACAGUUUUACAGAAUCCUAAAUAUAUGCAAGAUAACUUUACUCUGAUGAUUGAGUCUAUGCAUGUACAAGAUAACGUUAAUAUCGAAAAUAUUCACAACCUUCCACCAAAGCUCUUGGCUCAACGAGAAGUUAUUUAUAUUGAUAUUGUAAAUGAUCAAUUGCACAGUGCUUCUGACUAUGAUGCAACAUGUGACCCUAGAAUAUAUCAGUCAGUAAAAACUGGUCGAGGUCCAUUAGUAGGCCCAAGAUGGUGGGAAAAUACAGAUCUACCAAUAAUGUGCGCCUACAAACUUGUCACAUGUGAAUUUAAAUGGUGGGGUAUUCAAAGCCGAGUUGAAAAUAUGAUACAGAAUCAAGAAAGGCGAAUUUUCCUUAAUUUCAACCGUCAGGUUUUUUGUUGGCUUGAUAAAUGGCACGGACUUUCUAUGGACGAUAUACGAGCUAUAGAAAAUAAAACUAAAGAAGAAUUGGAUGAACAACGCCUUGUCGGUAGUGUUCGUGGCACUGUGGCUCAUGACUAAAAUACUAGCAUUAAUUCAAAGUGAUAAUUUGCUGAUUUAAGCGGAUUGCACACUAAAUAUAUAUAUAUAUAUAUAUAUAUUGAUGAAAUAUCCAAAUUCUUGUAUUACGUAAGUUUCGUUUACUGCUAUCCAUUCAUCGUUUUUAGUUUAUACUUCUCAUGACAAGUAUUUCAUUUUAUAUUGUGUCUGAUUGUAUCAAGUAACAAUUUCGGUCAAAGUUCACCAGCUAUUUUAAUUAGAUAUUAUGUCUACAGUCUUGGAUACGUAUAUUGCUUUGUCAGUUCCUUGCAUAUUCAUAUAUAACAGUCAUAUGAUAUGAUAACAGUGAUAUUGACACCAAAAAAAUAAUUUAUUAUUAGACUAUAAAAACAGAAAUAUGUCAAUAAAUAUACAUUUAUGUAUGAUUUAUAAACCAUUCAGUCACCAACUAAUCCCUAUUAACAUUCUUCAUGUCUACGUUAUAAUUUUUUAUUUCAUAUUUUUACUUUGAUACUUACUAAUUGGUUUUAUCAUGCUAUAUGUAUAUUGAAAAUAGUACACAAGACGGCAUAUUAACUUGAAAAUUUAAUUAUAUUUUAAAUUUGAAUCGUUUCAUUUACAUCUCUGGAUUAAAUAAAAUAACUUGAGAUGGUAAAGUGGAUAAAUUUUCAAAGUGAUAAAUGAAUCAGCUGCUAAAUUUUUGUGGGAUAUCCAGUUGCGUAUAUGGUUGUUAUUGGUGUUCAGUCGUGUUUAUAAAUUGUUUUGUUCAUAGUUGCUAAAUUAGUCCGUAUAAAUUUCUAGGCUACAUAAUGUUAAAUCGAAAUAGACUAUACAAUAGGUAUAAUUUUUAUUUGUUGAUGAUAGAUGAAACAAAAACAUUGUAAAAUGUAUUCGUGGUAUUGAUGGGUGAUGAAAGUGUUAAGACUUUCAUCUGUUUAGGCAGCUACAACAUUUAUUUGGUACAAAUGGUUACAGCAAUUCUUAAUUGGUCGUCAUUAUGUUAACCUGUGAAGUACCUUCACUGAAAAAUAUUUUUUAAAAUCUUUAUUUUCAAUAAAUUAGGUAGAAUCAGUAAUUUGAAGUUGACUGAUAUGAAUCAAACACUGACAAGUCAAUUUUAUUGUUUAUUUUAUGUUGUCUUGUGUAAAUAUUUAGCGCAAACGUUUAUGUAUAUGAACAUGUUAGCCCAUUCUAUAAACAGUGCCAUAUAACCAGUUAUCUUGUUCCGAUUUCCGUCCAUAAACAGUUAAAUCAAAUCGCCUUUUUUGGAGCAAGGGACAGAAGAAAAUAAACAGUCAUUAUCUAUCACUCAAUUCUUGUGAAUGAUUUCUUUCUUUUCCUUUGUUUUAUCUCACAGUGUAUGUGUGAUAUUCUGUUACUUUUUCUUAAUACUAUCAAUGACAACAUUCAGUGGUUUCCUAUAAAUAAAUGUAUGUUGUUAAUUAUCUAACUGCGCCAAAUUCUAAGAUAAAUUUUUAUAAAUUACGUGAGAAUUUCAUUCCUCGGUUGACUUUUCUUCUUUUCUAUCUAUGUUCAUUCUUUUCGUUUGUUAACUGUUGUUCAUAAAAUCAAAGUUUUGUUUAUGACUGUAUUCCUGCUUAUUAUUAAUCUUAUACUUCAGAAAAAUAAUGAUAUUAUUGUUGUCAUUAACUCAGUUUGACUAAUAUUUGUUCUGCUAAAUUACUUUUUGAAAUUUAUUACCAUACACAUUCCAAAAACUUCACAAAAGGAUACAUGUAUACAUAUUUGUUUUUUCUUGUGUUCCUUUUUAUAUUUUCGGUGCUUGUUGUCAUGUUGUUUGCUUUUGUUUUUUUUUACCUGAAAUUAGGGAUUCUACUGUUAUACCCAAUUAGAAUCUUUUUACUCAUCUCUUAUUUUGUUAAUAUUCUGACAAUUGUUGUGUUUACCUUUGAUCGUCAUCGUUUCUCGUCAUUAAUGAAGAAAAUAACCGAAUGAAGGUUUUUCUUAACUUUAUCAAUCGUUUAAAUAACCUGUUCCCUCCCUAUUUAGAAAAAUUCGCAAACUAAAAGAUAAAUAGUUCUGAAUUAUUACAUCAAUUUUCGUCUUUCCCUUUGUUUACUAAUUUUUAAUCUUUCUUGUGUGUAGGUCAGUUUAUUCAUUUGUCAGUCUGUGUUUAGCUUUGUAAAUGAUUUAAUUAAAGAAUGCAUUGAAUUAUUCGUGUCGAAGUUAUUAAUAUCGAUGUUUAAUG